AUGGUCCAAGCCCACAAAACGCACCAACUCCGCAGGCCUGGAGACCGGAAAACACCUCAAGGCUCCCCAUCUUGGUCAAAUAUCUCACCGCCAGCUCCACUCUACAAGAAUCACGGUUGCCCUGAGGGAAAAGAUAAGCAAGACUCAACAACUCCUCCUCACAAGAAAGCGUGGACCAAAUUGCAGCCUCCAGUGGUCAGCAAGGAUCAAGCUACUCAGGACGCCGUCGCAAAAACUCAAAGGAUCUUGCUGAGCAUGAAGAAGGACAUUGGAGAGUUGCUUUGGGAGGUCUUGAGGGUGGUGCCUUCUGCCGAUAAACCAAGAGCGGUCUACAAAGCCAAGCGAGAUGCAAUCGGACAGGAGCUUGAUGCAAAACGGACUCAAAUCCUCAAGAGGCUGGAACAGCUGCCGUAG